UAGCAAAAACCGGUUUGAGCUUAAUAUAUAGACUGGCUCGCUUAUGACUCAGUAGUCAGUUCUGAGUCUGCGUUUGCUUCUUCUUCUCCUACCGUUUCUUCUCUUAGAUCUGAUCGCGAAUUUCCCAGAAGGUUUCAAAAAGUCUUUCACUUUUGAAUACUAUGGGUCGAGGAAACAGCUGUGGUGGAGGUCAAAGCUCACUUGAUUAUCUCUUUGGUGGUGGUGACGCUCCAGCUCCUAAGCCGGCUCCAGCUCCUCGUGCCUCUCCUACUGAGCCAAGCAACGGGACUGCUGCACCACCAGUCUCAGCUGUGACAGCGACCGCACUCACAACUGCUACAACUAGUGUUGAGCCAGCAGAGAUCAACAAACAGAUUCCUGCUGGUAUCAAAACUCCUGUUAACAACUAUGCCCGAGCUGAAGGACAGAACACUGGAAACUUCCUCACUGACCGUCCUUCGACCAAAGUUCAUGCAGCUCCUGGAGGUGGAUCAUCUUUGGAUUAUCUCUUCACUGGUGGCAAGUAAAAUAAAAAAACAGAAAACAAUUGUGUGUAAUGCAAAUGCGUAUCCAUGUCUCUGUUGCAUUCUCUCACUAUAAACUGUUUGAUGUGAGCCUUUUAUGAUAAGAAGUCGGUUUCUUGUCAACUUCUCUCAAUCGUUAUCUGUAAUAUUCUGCUGAAAAUGUUCAAAUCAUCUAAAUCAAAAACUUAAAAAAAAUCUCUGUUA